AAUAGUGUCUGGUAAUGCCAGUACCAAUAAAAAUGGAUUGAUGGCGUUCGCUUCUUCGUUCUCAUAAGAGUAUUCUAUCAAAAAAUACUACGUAAAUCGCAUAAAUCGUAAUUAAUUAAUCAUUAAACAAUGGAGGAUACUCCAAAUACUUUAAUGAAAUUUGCAAAAGCUGUAUAUAACAUCAUUGAUACACCUGUUGUAUUUUUUCGAGAGAAAAUCGUUGAGCCAAACCAAAAGAAAUAUCCUUGGUAUCAUCAAAAAUUCCGUCGUGUUCCAACUAUUGAUGAAUGUUAUACAGAUGACUUUGUUUGUUACACUGAAGCCAAUCUUCAGUUUGAACGCGAUAAGGCUGUCGAUGAUGCUAUUUUAUCUAUUUUGAGAUCUCGAUAUGAAGAAUGUGCUGUGUAUCAUGGACAGGAUGAUAGAGAAAUUUGUUAUCCUCUAAGAAAAAUAUAUGAGGAAGCCAGUGGAGCUUGGUUUGCAAAAUAUGGUGAUCUGAAUCCUACGCUCAAUGUACAACAAGCAUAUAUGAAGCAAAAACAUCGUAUGGUUUGGGAACGAAGACAUGGUCCUGUAGGUAGUGGAAUAAAAACAUAAAAUAUUUCCUCAAUAUCAUCGUAGAAAGGGAUUUAAUACGAAAUGCGUGCUUCUAUUUGAAGAAGUUAGUAAUAAACUUAUGCAAAUGUAUAGAUAUUGUAUAAAACUUGAUAAAAUAAAAAUAAGUUAUAUAUGAAA